AUGGAUAGUGGAUCAGUACGGUUAGUUGCCACCGCGCAGGACAUGGAGCGAGCUGGGCUUGCAGUGGUUGCGUAUUACCUGCGGUUGUAUGCGGUGGAGAAGCUUUUGCAACUGAGCGAGCGGUCUGAUGAGGUUACAGAGGCUGCUACGAUGUUGCUUGACCAGAUUGAGACCUUCAAGCAGGAAGUCACAGGUUCUGAGGAUUCUGAAGCUGAUGGAGUGAAAGUACUGCUGCAGGACAGCAAGAAAGCCAUGGUUUACAUGCUGAAUUUUGCGAUGUCAUUGUACAAUGAUAAAUUAAAACAGGUUCAGGAUGGGCCUUGGGAUCUGACACUCAAGCGUGGUUUGUGGUGCUGCAUUGAUCUGUUUACAUGUGUCAUUCAUCUUUGGCAGUCUGAUUUGCAAGAUUUGUCUAAAGUAGCAGAGAGAGUAAAAUAUUGUAAGAUAUAUUUGAGUAAAAUGGCCAAAGGUGAGUUGCAAAAGCAAGAGGCCGAGCCUAAUGAUGAGGAAUUGGAUAAAGAACUGGACAAUCUUGUUACUGAUACAGCUAAGGAAGAGUCCGGCGAGGAAAAACCUCAAGAAUUGGACUAUGCGGACUUUUUGGGAGGUGAUGAUGAAUCUAAUGAUGUUCCACUUGAUAAAUCCGAGGAAGAGGAAGUCAACAAGUUGGUAGGAGAUUCACAAGAUAAUGCGGUGACUGAAGAUGAUGUUGACGAUUUAAUCAAUAAGCUUAAGAUGGCUGAUGAGGACUCAGAGAACGAACCUGAUGAUCUUUACAGAUCACAAGCCGAUGAAAAUGGUGGUAGUGAAGAGCCAAGUAACCUUGGAUUACCCGACACACCCGCUAACAUACCGUCUAGGAAGUUGGACACCCCAGCAUUUGUCGAUUCAAGUGACGAGGACCAAGGCAGUGAUGCCGAUGUGGAAGAAAAGGACGAUGCAGUGGAGCCUGUGGUUCACACAAGUUCAACUCCUAUGGAACAAGAGCUGGAAGAGCUAGAGACUUCCAAACCAACAUACACGAAGAAUGAUCUGGCGAAUAUGAUGGAUAAAGCAGAUAAGAUAGAGAAAAUACAGCGAUUUGCUAAAUAUGCUAUUAGUGCACUGAACUACGAGGACAUAUCCACAGCGCGUGACGAAUUAACCAAGGCUUUAGAGUUGUUAAACACUAUGUAG